AUGCGUGACAGAAUUGCAAGAGCGGUUGAAGAAUACAUUGAUAAACAUCGAGAUAAAUUAGAAGAAAUUGUUGACAAAAAUCUCGUAAAACUUAAAGCGAUCAUAAUAGACGAACUUCCGGAAAAAAUUAUGGAUUUUCUUAAAAAAAGAAUUGAUGAUGGAGAUGAUGAUCACGAUACAUUUCUUGAAAAUAUCCUAAAGACAAUAACAUCAUUAACAGGAAAGUUAUCCGAUGAUUUUAAAGAAGAUGUUCGAGAGAAUAUAAGAAGAAAUUUAGAUGAAGCGACAGUGGAUUCUGCCGAAAAACUUACCGAUGUUAUCACUACCGAAUCGAAAAGGCAAAUGAAUUUUGGGUUCUUAAGAGAAGGUAAAGAAGGUAUUAUUAGUAAAGUUAUGGAACUUAUUAGACCUCCCGUACAUCGUUCAGGAGAAGAAAUUGAUGAAAAAAUUAGCGAUAAUGUACCUAAACACGUUAAGAAAAGUUUGCUUAGUAAAGUAGGAGGGAAUUUAUUCAGUUCAAAAAAAGAGGCGGAAUCUCGAUAUCGAGGAUUAUUUUCAAAAAGUGAUGAUAAAGAUGAGGAAGGAGGAAAUAAAUUUACUAAAGUCUUAAAACUAUUUGAUGGAAAGAAUGGAAAUUUUAUUGAUAGGAUGUUCGCUAAAUUACCGAAAAAAUUAUCGGAAUUUCUCCGACCUUAUCUAGAAAGUUUUGAAAGAUCUUUAUUGGAAAGUGUAGGAGAAGAAUUUAGAAAUAAUAUUUUCAGAGAUGAUAAAUUUAAAAAUGACGUUAAAAAUAUAUUUGUCAAGAUUGGUGAUCCUGACGGUGAUGGUAGAAAUUUCUUCACUGAAGCUGCUGAUGCUGUUAGCUCUAUUUUCAAAAAGAAAAAGGAUAGAGAUGUAUAUUAG